AUGGAAGGUGAAAUAAAAACAUACAAUGAAUGUUUGAAACAAUUAUAUAAAACACACUCCAUCAAACUGGGGCUUGGGAGUACAAAAAAACUGAGUGAAUUGUUUGGUAACCCUCAUAGGAAUUAUAAAACUAUUCAUGUAGCUGGCACAAAUGGGAAAGGAUCAGUAUGCCAUAAAAUUUAUUUAGGACUCAAAUUAAAAAAUUAUAAAGUAGGAAUAUUUUCUUCCCCUCAUAUAUUUUCCUUAAGAGAAAGAAUAAUUGUAAAUGGGGAACCAAUAAGUGAAAAUGAUUUAAUCGCUUUAGUUAAUGAAGUAUUUAAGAAAGCAAAGAAAAUAAAUGCAAGUCCAACAUUUUUUGAAAUUAUAACUCUAGUUGCUUUUAUAUAUUUUUCAAAUCAAAAUGUAGAUUAUGCAGUUAUUGAAACGGGGUUAGGAGGAAGAUUGGAUGCAACCAACAUUUUGGAAAACCCAGAAUUAGUUAUAAUUACAUCAAUUGGUUAUGAUCAUUUAAAUAUAUUAGGAAAUGAUUUGAAUCAAAUAUGUAAUGAAAAAAUUGGAAUAUUUAAGAAGGAUGCUCAAGUUAUAAUAGGCCCAUCUGUUUCUAUAUAUAUAAGCGUUUUUGAAAAGGCAAAAGAAUUAAAUUGCAAUAUGCACAUUGUUCCCCCAGAACCUAGAGGAGAAACUUAUAAUGAAGAAAAUACAAGAAUAGCUAUAGAAUCUUUAAAAAAAUUAAAUAUAAAUGUAGAUAACGUAUUAAAAUCGAUCAUGCCUAUCAAACCUCCAUUAAGAAUGCAAUAUUUAGCUGAUGAGCAAAUGGAACAUAUAAAAAAAAAGUAUACACAAAUGGAAAUGAUAGAAAAUAAUACCAUUUCGUCUUAUCCUAGUGCUGUUAUAAUGGAUGUUGGUCAUAAUGAAACUUCUAUUGAUAGAUUAUGCCGAGAUAUUAAUUGUUUCCAUAAAGACAAAAUAAUAAGAGUAUGCAUAUCUCUAACUAAACCUAGGAAUUUAAAUAUAUUCCAAUCAUUAAUUGCACAAUUUCCUGACGUCUUAAAGGAUGUUUUUUAUUUGCCAUCAAUCAACGAACGGACAUAUGACUUUGAUGAAAUUGUGGAAAUGAUAAAUGAUGAUGGAUACAUAAAUAGUGAAUUAAAAAAGCAUGUAUUAAAUAGUUCAGAAAAAGUUAACCAAUGGUUAAUAGCCGAAAAGAAAAAAAAUGGAAAUUUAAUUGACAACAAUAAAUUAUAUAAAAGAGGCACAAUUCCUCUUAUUGUAAGAAAUGCAUUUUUGGAGUGUUGCAAAGACAAUUCCGUUUUGGUCAUAUGUGGUACCUUUUUUAUUUUCGAGGAAGUUUUAAAAACUUUUGAUAUACACUCAGACAUGCAGGAUACAAUUUUUAUGAACGAGCCAUCAGUAGUAUAG